AUGAGCGGCGCAAAUCGACCCGAUAUCACCCUGUAUACUGCGCAAACUCCCAAUGGAAUCAAGAUCUCCAUUGCGCUGGAGGAACUUGGGCUCCCGUACAAGGUCGAGAAGAUUGAUAUCAGCAAGAAUACCCAGAAGGAAGACUGGUUCCUCAAAAUCAACCCCAACGGCCGCAUCCCCGCAUUGACCGACACCUUCUCAGACGGCCAGAGUAUCCGUCUGUUCGAAUCUGGUGGCAUCCUCCAAUACCUAGUCGAACAAUAUGACCCGGAGCACAAGAUCUCCUUCCCCACAGGAACCCGCGAGCACUACGAGAUGAACAACUGGCUCUUCUUCCAGAACGCUGGUGUCGGUCCCAUGCAAGGCCAAGCGAACCAUUUCUCGCGAUAUGCGCCCGAACGCAUCGAAUACGGCGUUAACCGAUACGUCAACGAGACAAGACGGUUGUACAGCGUCCUCGAUGCGCACCUAGCUGCCUCCAAGUCCGGGUACUUGGUUGGAGACCACAUUUCCAUUGCGGAUAUCUCGCACUGGGGGUGGGUUGCUGCGGCCGGAUGGGCUGGCGUGGAUAUCGAUGAGUUCCCGCAUUUGAAGGCCUGGGAGGAUCGGAUGGCUGCCAGAGAUGGGGUGGAGAAGGGAAGACAUGUUCCUUCGCGCCAUACCAUUAAGGAUCUUUUGAAGGAUAAGGCGCAGGUGGACAAACAUGCUGCUGAGUCGAGAGCUUGGAUUCAGCAGGGCAUGAAGGAGGAUUCUAAGAAGUUGUAA